CCGAAAAUGGCGCCGGUCUUGUCUUGUCUGGCUGGUCUUUUCAUAUUUUCAUUAUAGAUUUAUUCCAUUCUUCAAAACGCAUACGUGUCAAAGAUAUAAAAAAAUUAUUAUUGAAAUAAGGAAGCUCAUGUAGAAAUGUCUUACUGAUGUCUCACUUAUAAUGAAGGACGGUACGAUGUCGAUGCCGGAGUCCCAAGAAGAAGAGAGCAGCCCAUCGGAAAAUAUGCAGAUGGAGCUGCACAGCAAAGGUGCUGUUCUGACCAAAGCCUGGUCAGACUUGUUUAGCUUUAUAACGAAAUAUCAGGCAGAGCUGACGGUGAAGGAAAAUGCUGUUGAAAUUGCUGAUCGGGAAAUCUCCAUGCGGAGAAAGCAGUUGGAGGAGAUGAAACCGAUGGUGGAAGCAGGGAAUGAUGAGAUAUCCAGAUUACAGGACGAGAUUCAAACAAAGGAAAGACUGCUGAAUAAGUCGCAAACUGAACUGUCUAUGAAAGUACGAAUGUUACAACAGGUGCAAACAGACUUAUCUUGUAACAUGGAACUUUUAGAAAAAGCCAGGUCUGAGCUCUUGGAUAGACAGUCGGAACACGUGCGUGAUACAAGUGAUUUAGAACGCUUGAAAUCCGAGCUGAUCAUUAAGCAGGAACAGAUACUGAUUAAAGACAAUCUGCUGAAAAAGUUACAAAAUCAGUUGAUGAAAGAAAACACUGAGCUUAGGGAUCAGUUAGAACUUGAAAGAAGAGCCCUUGAAUUGGAACGAAGGUCUCAUGAACUGACUAAGAAAAGCCUUAGAGAAAAAUCGAAACCAUCCCAUGGUCUGUCCAGCAGUCACUCUGGCAAUGUGAUUGAGAUCCCAGACUCCCCUCCAACUCUCGAUCUUUCCGUCGAACAAGCAGAUGAUUUCGGCCUCUCAAACAUCAUAUCUGAAGCCGAGUCCCAAUCUCAACAAACGUCUCAACUUCGCUAUUCCCAAUCGCAGGAGUCUGCACCAUCUCACAUUGGAUUUAGGUCUUCAGAGACAUUUAGUACGCAUUCUUCUUCAUCCAUGACAACCAUGCCUGUAAAACGACAUUGGCCCUCACAAUCACAAUCGCCCUCCACCUCAUCAGCACAAAAAUUUGCAAAGUUUUCACACACACCAGUGGCCGAUUCAGAAUUCCCGCAACCAGGUGAUAGUUAUAAUGAAGGCACUGCCACUCAGUCUGAUGUGUUCUUUCCCUUGAGUGUCGAUCCUGAUACAGACAGUAAAGCAGGUAUCAUUGACACCUCCGCUAGUGUUAUGUAUACAGACUCUGAAGUGCUGGGUGAGGGACAAUAUUCAGGUACCAUGCCCGGUACGCCUAGUUCAGAAACAAGUGACAGUAAUCAGGGACCCCAAGUGUCAAUGUCGGGGGCCGUUUCCAGUGCGGGAUUGUCACCAGGACAAGUCGGACCUGAUGGAAAGUUAAUUGCGCCAAUUGAUUUCCCAAGAAGAAAGAGCAGGGAACGACUGACUUGUGAACACUGUGGAUACUUUACAAUGUCACCUUGGAGUCUAAGACAACAUGUCCUUCGUCAUACAGGGGAAAGGCGGUUUGCAUGUCCGAUAUGUACCAAGCGUUUCAAUAGGGAGCGUAACCUUAGAGCUCACUUGAAGAUUCAUUCGAGGGAUCCAAUUAAGUGCGAUACCUGUGGUAAUGUUUACAUGACUGAAGGCCUCUUGAAGCGGCACCAAGCGAGCCAUCUCACUGAUCCUGAAAAAAAGAAAAAGAGCCGGAAAAAAUAUUCUUGCGAAUAUUGUGGAUAUUUUACUAUUUCACCGGCUCUUCUACGAGAGCAUGAGAGACGUCACACUGGCGAAUACUUUAACUGUGAAAAAUGUGAUUCCGUGUUUCGGAAAAAGUCUUCCUUAAAGACGCACAUGCUCACUCAUGAAGUAGAUAAGCUAUUCCCUUGUGAAACUUGUGGGAAAAAGUUCCUGCAAGAGGCGGAUGCAGUAGCUCAUCAGAAAAAACACACAGAGCCGCAGAAAGAGACGCCACAGAAGAAGAAAAAAGUUACUUGUGAAUAUUGUGGAUAUUUUACCACUAUACCAUAUCGCCUCCGUGAUCACAUAAGGCGUCACAUUGGAGACACCGUCAAAUGUGAAAAAUGUGAUUCAGUGUUUCGUAACAAGUCUACUCUAAAGAAGCACAUGCUGACUCAUGAAGAAGGUCGGCAGUUCUUGUGCGAUCUUUGUGGCAAAAGUUUCCCAAAAGAGGCGGAUGCGAUUGCUCAUCAGAAAAAGCAUACAGAGCCACAAGGAGAUGAAGCUGAGGAGGAUAACAAGUCAAACAGAAUCGCUUGCCAUAUGUGUGACUUAGUCUUGAAGAAGUCGUAUUUUAAGACUCACAUGCUGAUCCACACUGGGGAAAAGCCAAUCCCGUGUCCAUUGUGCGACAAACGGUUUAGGGCUAAGAACAAUCUCAAACGCCAUAUGGAGACACAUGCCCCCCGUGAUCCAUUUAAAUGUGGUGUCUGUGGUAAUGUUUACAUGACCGAGGGUCACUUGAAGAGACAUGAGUUAACACAUUUAACAGAAUAGAUAGAUUAUAAGUUUACAGUAAAAAGUUCUUCUGUUAACAGCAGCAAUGAAUGUGUUAAUUCUGGUGAUACAUUUAUCUGAUAUUUCCAAAAAUUUAUUAAGGUUGCCUCUAUGUCGUAUUUGUGGAUGCAUAUGAAAACUCAUGAAAGAGAUAAACCUUUCCUUCGUGAUAUCUGUGGCAAAGGUUAAUUAAGUGAUUCAUUGGUAAUGCUGCAUGAACAAUCAGUUGUUUGGCAGUGGACAAAAUGCAAAUGACUUCCCUCUCUUGUAAGUGCAUAUAUCUUUGCAAGCCUUUCAAUAACAUGAGUUAUCUAGUCUGUUUCAGCUCAAGAUUGCAUGUGAAACUCCUUGUUACAAGAUGAAUAAGUAAAACUGAUACGUAAACAAAUUAGGUACAAGAUAACAUAAAACAAAACUGAAAUAUAAACUAUUACAACUAUAAUUUUACUAAUGGUUGCUAUUUUUAUUUCUUUGCAGUUCUUGAACUUAGCAAUGAGACAAGCACCUGGGAAUUGGGCAACCACAAACAACACUUUGAGAUGUCAGCUCUGUGGCGUGGUCUCGGAAACUUAUGCAAGUUUUGAGACCCAUUUGAAAACACAUGAC